AUGUACUGCUAUCAAAUUUGUGGAGCGAUAGUCAUUUGGUGUGUGCUGGCGAUUCGAGGCGACGACGAGAGUGGGGAAUAUGGCGAAUUCGAAGACGAGUUUCGGCUCGAUGUGCCUCCAGAUUAUUCCAGAAUCAACGUGUCUGACGCUGCAUGGAAUAUCACGCUUAUGCGAUAUCUGAAUUUCAAAGAGAAUGACAUGCAAAGGAAUCUGGACACAUCGAUAUGUCAUCGCCUAAGCAAUCGAUUCGCACCGAAAUCAGUCCCGCCGUCUGGAUUUUGUGAAUUGCAGAACGGACCUGGACCACACAAUUUUCUCGUUUUGGGCAACAAUUACGCUAUGAAUCUUGGACCAAUCGUCUAUGAUACAUUCAAGGAACACGCAAAGGAAUUUAAUAUAUUCUCACUGAAGGGAUGCGACACGAUGGUGAAACACCAGAGACCGACCUGCAAAGACAACGUGAACUACACGGAUUUGCUACAGACCUUGAAGCCGAAUGUGAUAUUUGUACUUAGAAAAAUCUACAUCCUGCAAGCAGUACCUUCUCUGAAUCGCGAGAAGUAUUAUCUAACAUAUGCAGUGACGCCUAUCAGGAAAAUAAAG